UGUCGAUUCCCGAUCUUUGAGCCAGCCCCUGAAGGCGCCACAAGUUGAGCAGCUAAUGCAAAGGCAGACUGAUGAUCCAGCUGCUGUGUGCGUGAGUGUGCGUGAGUGUGCGUGAGUGUGCGUGAGUGUGCGCUGACAUGGAUACAACUGGCGUUUUACUGCUGAAGCUGGACACAUUUCUACAGUGUUGAGGUGACACUGUGGCUCCAAAACUUCUCCCACGGCCGCACUCAUGUGAUUUCCCCCCUUCUUCUUUUCUUUUUUGAGCCAUGUCCAAGAGCCUGAAGAAGAGGAAGAACCACUGGACUAACAAAGUCCAUGAGAGUGUCCUUUGCAGGAAUGAGGAGGGGGAGCUGGGGCUGGAGUUGAAGGGCGGCGCGGAGCACGGACAGUUCCCGGUUAUCGGCGAGCUUCUCCCGGGCAGAGCGGCGUGCCACAGCGGUAAACUCUUCCAGGAUGAACUCCUGCUGGAAGUCAAUGAUACCCCGGUGGCUGGUCUCACCACAAGGGACGUCCACGCUGUGGUUAAACACAGCAAAGACCCAGUCCGACUCAAGUGUGUCAAACAAGGGGGCGUGAUAGACAAGGACCUGCGCCACUACCUCAACCUGCGCUUCCAGAAAGGCUCGGUGGACCACGAGCUGCAGCAGAUCAUCCGGGACAACCUCUACCUCCGCACCGUCCCCUGCACAACCAGGCAGCCCAAGGAAGGAGAAGUCCCAGGGGUGGAUUAUAAUUUCGUAACCAUUGACCGGUUUAUGGAAUUGGAGAAAAGUGGAGCCCUUCUAGAGAGCGGAACAUAUGAAGAUAACUUUUACGGUACCCCGAAGCCUCCGGCCGAGCCCAGCGCUCUGCUGCUAAAUGUAACGGACCAGCUGCUGCCGGGCGCUAGACCCACCUCCGAGGGCAAGAGGAAGCGUAACAAGUCGGUCAGCAACAUGGAAAAAGCCAGCAUCGAGCCCCCAGAGGAGGAGGAGGAGGAGAGACCCAUCGUCAACGGCAACGGCGUUGCUGUCACCCCAGAAUCGAGUGAACAUGAGGACAAGAGCACAGACGCUUCGGGGGACAUCGCCCCACAGAGCAACCAAGCGGAGGUCCCAACCGAGGCACCCAAAGACGACGGACUGUCCCCGAAAAUCACAGUACCCAAACCAGAGGAGAACGACGAGCUAGGGCCGCUGCCGGACAACUGGGAGAUGGCUUACACCGAGAAAGGAGAAGUCUACUUCAUAGACCACAACACCAAGACAACAUCGUGGCUGGACCCGAGGCUAGCCAAGAAGGCAAAGCCGCCCGAGGAAUGCAAAGAGGAUGAGCUUCCGUACGGCUGGGAGAAAAUCGAUGACCCCAUUUACGGCAGCUACUAUGUCGACCAUAUAAAUAGAAGAACCCAGUUUGAGAACCCAGUCCUGGAGGCUAAAAGGAGACUCCAGCAGCAGCAGCAGAUGCAAAGCCAGGGUCUGUCCUCACUGCCCCUUCCCACCAUCUACAGAGAGAAGCCGCUGUUCACGCGGGACCCGACUCAGCUGAAAGGCAGUUUCUUGUCCACAUCACUCCAAAAGAGCAACAUGGGCUUCGGCUUCACUAUUAUCGGAGGCGACGAGCCUGAUGAAUUCCUCCAGGUCAAGAGCGUUAUCCCUGACGGGCCUGCUGCAGCUGAUGGAAAGAUGGCCACAGGUGAUGUCAUUGUCUACAUCAACGAUGUGUGCGUCCUGGGCACAACCCACGCCGACGUGGUCAAACUCUUCCAGUCGGUGCCAAUCGGCCAAAGCGUCACCCUCGUCCUGUGUCGCGGCUACCCUUUGCCGUACGACCCAGAGGAGGCCGGCAACACCAACAACAACACAACCACCACCACCAUCAUCUCCCCGCUUGGCAUCAUGGAGCAGCGGCCUAUCAUGGUGAACGGCAGGACGGGGUACGACAACUACCUGGACUAUCUCUCCCGCACGGCGCGCUUCGUCACCGAUCCCGGUCAGGACCAGGUCAACGUCCAGCAGCAGCUGCUCGCCCCACACCCGGGUGACACCCACUUAGACGGCUCGCUUCCACCCACCUCGGGCACCACACCUCCUGAUAGCGUCUCCAUGGCAUCGUCGGGGGCGACCCAGGGGGAACUACUGACCCUGACCAUGGUGAAGGGCAUGGAUGGUUUUGGCUUCACUAUUGCGGAUAGCGCUAUGGGCCAGCGAGUCAAACAAGUGUUGGAGCCUCUGGGCUGCCCGGGCCUGUGCGAGGGCGACCUGAUUGUGGAGAUUAACAAGCAACCCGUGCAGGGAUUCACACAUACCCAGGUGGUGGAGCUUCUCAAGGAGUGUGGCGUUGGAGUGGAGACCUGCCUGGUGGUUCAGAGAGGUGGAACAGGUCACUAUUCACCCUGGAAGACCCCCAAGCAGGUGCUGGAGCAGUGGGAGUCCCAGCAGGGCCAGAGCAGCCCCGCUCAGACCAGCCUGUCGGCUCCCGUUAUCCCCCACAGCGCCCCUUUCCCAACACACCACCUUCACAGGGCCUCGGUGCCGGACUCAGCCUCCGAGGCCUUGGCCCUGGCUAAACCAGACCCCUAUGAUCUUUAUGAGAAGUCCAGGGCUAUCUAUGAGAGUAGGCAACCCGGUCAAGCGAGGACUGUUUUUCCUGUGGACUCCUCAGGAGCCGAGUACCAGGACAUCGAGGUGCACUUGCGCAGACAGAAGUCUGGCUUCGGUUUCCGGGUGCUGGGCGGGGACGAGGCGGGGCAGCCUGUGAGUCCGGAGACGCGUGAGAAGAUCUUGAUCGGUGCGAUCAUCGAGAAGAGUCCGGCAGACCUUGAUGGACGCUUGCGGCCCGGUGAUGAGCUGCUGUUUGUGGACGGGAUCCCGGUGGUGGGGAAGCCUCACAGAUACGUCAUUGACUUGAUGCACGGGGCGGCACGAAACGGCCAGGUGAAUCUGGUCAUCAGGAGGAGGGUACAGGCAACAGGUGACUCCUGUCCGGAGAACGGUCGUAGCCCCGGUUCUGUCUCCACGCAACACAGCUCCCCCCGCAGUGACUUCACGUAUGGCAACAGCACCAUCACCACCCAGGCACCCAACGCCGGCAUGGGCAACAACACCGCCGCCUCUUCAGACAGGACGUCGACCCCCAACACACAACCCAGUGACGUCAUCAUCAAUCGAAAGGAGAGCGAAGGAUUCGGCUUCGUCAUCAUCAGCUCGCUCAACCGGCCUGAGGCUGCCGCCACCAACACUGUGCCCCAUAAAAUUGGCCGCAUCAUCGAGGGCAGCCCGGCCGACCGCUGCGGGAAGCUGAAGGUGGGCGACAGGAUACUGGCAGUGAACAGCCAGUCCAUCGUCAAUAUGCCGCACGCCGACAUCGUUAAGCUGAUCAAGGAUGCUGGCCUCAGCGUCACCCUGAGGAUCAUACCGCAGGAAGAGGUCAGCAAUCCCCCAUCAGCCCCCAGCUCAGAGAAGCAGAGUCCCAUGGCCCAACAGCACAGCCCGAAGAUCCAGCCAAGCUCUGCUGCGUCACAGCCGAACCCACCGGUGACAGAACCCAGCCCUCCUGUUAGCCAGCCCAACCCCAUUCCACACCAGAGCCCCGUGACCCAGCUGCCCGCCCCUCCACCGCAGACUUACCCCCACGAGAGCAGUUACAGGUCAGAGGUGAAGGCCAGGCAGGAUGUUAAACCAGACAUCAGACAGCCGCCGUUCACAGAUUACCGACAGCCACCGGUGGACUACCGGCACCCCCCUGUGGCAGACUACAGGCAGCCACCCACGUUGGACUACAGACACCCGCCACUGCUCGACUACAGACAGCUAGCUACCGACGCCAGGCAGUUCAACGUCCCAGAAUACCGAAUGCCACCAGUUCAACUCGCACAGGACUUUGACUUCUUCACAGUGGAGCUGGAGAAAAGCGUGAAAGGCUUCGGUUUUAGCAUCCGCGGAGGGCGAGAGUACAAGAUGGACCUAUUCGUCCUACGACUGGCAGAGGACGGACCGGCCAUCCGUAACGGGAGGAUGAGGGUUGGAGACCAAAUCAUUGAGAUCAACGGCGAGAGCACUCGGGACAUGACCCACGCCAGGGCCAUCGAGCUGAUCAAGUCAGGAGGCCGGCGGGUUCGUCUUCUUCUAAAGAGGGGUACAGGGCAAGUCCCAGAGUAUGAUAAUGCCGCCCCAUGGGAUGCUCGCCCUUCAGCCUCCCCAAGCCUGUCGGAAGUAGCCCCUCCCAUCGACAGCCUUUCCAUGUCAUCGCCUUCAUCUCAUCUGGCCCCAGCCCCCGACCCGCCUCACCUGUCGCCUCUGGACGUCCCUCGAGACCCGGUGGCAGGAGACAGCAGGAAGGAGCAUUCGAAGAGCCCCCAAAAGGCCGAGCUGCUAAAUCCAGAUCCGAACAGCAAGGCAAGGAGAGCGGCUGGGAGCGGUAGAGCCAAGAAGGAGGGUGGCAGGUCCACCCACAAGGGGCACAGGGUGCAGCCCACUACUGAGGGGGAAGGGGGCAAGGAGGGGCAGAGCGGGGAGCCCAAACCUACCAGGAGCACCAGAGGAAGGUCCAAGGACAGAAACACAGGGGACAACAGAGAAUCCACCCAAUCUCCCAGCACCUCCAAGCUCCCGCACACUAACGGGAACAGCAGGGAGGAUGUGGAACGUUACAGUGGCGGGCAGCAGGUGGAGUCGGAGCAGAGCAACCCCAGGCCCAGGGAACCGGACAGGGGUCUGGGAGAGAGCCGGCCCAGCCUGCCCAACAAGAGCACCACCAGCAGCGGAGGCAGCGCAGCAGGGAGGAAGGCCACGGUCUCUCCCGGGCCUUGGAAGAUCCCUGGAUCGGACAAGCUGCCCAGCACACUGCGCACAGGCACGUCCACGCUGAGCAGAUAACACCGCGGCUCCAGCAGUUAUACAGUGGCCACACUCAUGUAAACUAACCCACCCCCACCUGGAUGAAGCUACGCAUCCUCACACCCUCCUGUGCUCCUUUAUCCCCCUCAAGCGCCUCGAUGCCAUUCUCCCAUAGACCACAGAGUCAAAACCAAGGGGAGGCAGGGUGAUCUGGACCACGUGUUUUUAGAGUUUUAUUUAUGAUAUUGUACUCUAAAUUAUUUUGAGAAAUAUUUUACACCCACCACCUUAAGAAACUGGAAAAUCAUCCACUUUUUAAAGAAUAAAAAUGGAAGUAGAAUGUGUGUGUGUAGCGUGGCGGGGAAACAUUUUGGGGGGGUACAAACUUUAUUUUGAGUUCACCCCAAAGCAGAACCGGGGGACAAACAUGCAAAUAUAAGCAACUGUUGGUUGCCAUUGGAUUUUUAUAUAUAUAAAUACAUAUAUAUAUAUAUAAAUCUUCACAAUGGAGUGUUUUAUGAACUGGAAUGUUUAAAAAAAAAAGAAGGUUUGCCUGUUUUUGACGAGAGCGAAUGGAACAAAGAGUGACAGCGGAGAUGAAAUCUACUCAUCAGAACUUUGCCUUAACAGAGACUGUAUGGGCCUGAAUCUGUCUUGAAUAAUCUAUCAGAUGAUUAUAGACAUAGAUAUAUUAUAAAUUGAAUAUGAAUAUGUGGGAACAUUUUGUAAAUAAGAUCAUCUUUUAAGUGAACAGAACCUUAGUUUGAGCCCGAUGGAAAUUCUAGUCUAGACGAGCUAAACGGCGCGACAUGGACAAGAACUUUGAACACACUCCCUCUUCUACACUCCCGUUCAGCCCUGUGAUUGCAUUAUUUUUAUUUUUUUGGUUGGUUGGUUGGGAGUGGGGUUGUCUGCACGGUCUGUUUGUGAUUGAAUCCUCCGGAGUUCAUCGGGGGUGCCGUGUCAAACCAUUUUUCUCAUUUCCUGUGCUUAACGAGCAAAACAAUCCACGACGGCGAUGUCCAGCCGGACGCUGAGAGAAGGAGCGACCGAGGGGCAGAGUGCCUUAGACUGACUGAGAGAGGUUGGCUUGUAAGUCAAAGGUUGAACUCCCAAAAACACUUAGGAGGGUUCAGAACAGGCUGCUAUACAACAUCAACUUUACAGAUAUAAAUAAUAAACAGUAUUCUUUCAGAUAUGAGUGUGACAUGGUGAAAUAUAUAGUUUAUUUCACAAGCUUAUGUGUGAAAAUUAGCCCAUUACCAGGAGUGUUUGAUGGUCUUUAUUUGUGCAGGUGGUUCAUUCUGGGUCAUUACUGAUUUCCUAAUGAGGUCUGACGCUUAUAAUCUCCAUAAAUAUGAGAUGGUGUCUUUAAAGUUCAGCACGGAGCGCAGAAAAAAACAAAACUGAACUUGUAAAAUCUGAUAUCGAAUCUAUCUUACGUGUCAAAAGCUUGCCCGCCUAACAAUCUGUAACCUGAAUGAAUGAAUGAAUGAACACCUCUCAGUUUGAAAGACGACACGUUUCUAUCAUUUCCAGAUCGGCUGAGAAGAGGUUGCACCUGUCACAGCGACGAUCAGCUGCUGAAUUUGAUUUGUUUUCAGCGAUUGUGUCUUCACUGUGUGAUAUUAGGAACAUCUCCACGCCAAAGCUCCCUGUAGACGUUCAUUUAUUUUACCUGCCCCCAGAGUUUGACUCUGUUUGAAGGCAUAAACAUGCAGGUGUACCCGACACCUGACAUGUCACUAAGCCACACCUCCUGUAGUUACUGUUGCUAUGGUUUCCAUUCUGGUACAGCGGUUUACAGCGAUCGAUGGGAGGGGUGGGCAACUUGAAAUUCGCCAACAUUUAUGAAAUAAUGGGCACAAACAGUAGUAAACAAAAGCUGCCUCAUAUUUCUAGCUGCCAACUGACAAUUAUCCAGAUGAAGUCAACAGUCAACUGGCAGAUAGUGUGUCUGGCUGACUUUUGAAUGCUUCCAGCUGACAAAAAAAAAAGCACUUAUAAUGCUUAAUUACACACUUGAUGGCUGUAUUCAUGACGAUGUGCUGAGAUAAUUAGGCUAAAGCUGCAAGUUUCAGGCAAAAACUCUUCACGUGAUCAUGUAGAAGACUUUGAAAUAAAGAAACGGUGUGUUGCAGGGUAGAUCUGGUGUUUAAAGAUGAGAAGAUGAGGCUGGUGUUUGGCUGGUUGGCUAACAAACCUGUUUGUAUGUUUUUAUUUAUAGAAAAGUCUUUUUGGAUGAAGACUAACCCACGAAGUUAACGCUAUCUCGGGUAACGCUGCUGGCUGUAGUGUAAACAUACUCAAAUCUAAUGAAGAGCAGGACAGAAAUGCUAAUAUUAGAUAGUGAACUAGUUUAGCCGGUCGUGCUUAGACUCUUACACCUGUGGUUUGAGGUUCGGAAAGGCUAAAAUAAGAAAUGCAGAGUAUCGUUCUUACUGCUACAACACGUGGAGAAAUCCAGGCCUGCAUGGUUGGUUGCAGUUGCUUCAGCUAUGAUUGAAGGAGAGGUUUUUACACAAGAGGUCAAUUUAACAAAAGUUUCCCGUCCUUCCUCUGGUCCAAGAAGUGCUUAAACAAUGUUUAAAGAAUAAAAAAGCGUAAAAGAAGACGAGUCAUUAUGUUUGCCAUUUGCGAUCCAUGGAGGAGUAAGCAGCCUGACUUUUAAAGCACAAUCUCACACGGAGAAGUUUGGGAUGUCGAAGAAAAUCAUCAGCCAGGCUCACAGCCCCUUCAAUCACGUGUUGAUGUUGUGCAGAGACAAAAAAAAAA